AUGGCACAAGAAUUGACUCACCCCACCAUCAAGGACGGCUGGUUUGCCGAGGUCUCCGACACCAUGUGGCCCGGCUCGGCCAUGUCGUUGAAAGUCGAGAAAAUCUUGUACUCGCAGAGAUCGAAGUACCAGGAUGUCUUGGUGUUCAAGUCGACCAACUGGGGCAAUGUCUUGGUGUUGGACAACUGCAUCCAGGCCACGGAAAGAGACGAGUACUCGUACCAGGAGAUGAUCACGCACUUGGCCUUGAAUUCGCACCCCAACCCCAAGAAGGCGUUGGUUAUUGGAGGCGGAGAUGGUGGUGUUUUGAGGGAAAUCUUGAAGCACGAGUCGGUGGAAGAGGCCUGGUUGUGUGAUAUCGACGAGGACGUCAUCAAGGUGUCCAAGCAGUACUUGCCUGAGAUGUCCAAGUCCUACGAGAACCCUAGAACCAAGGUGCAUAUUGGCGACGGCUUCAAGUUCUUGGCCGACUACCAAAACACGUUCGAUGUGAUCAUCACCGACUCGCUGGACCCCGAGGGCCCGGCCGAAUCGCUUUUCCAAAAGCCCUACUUCGAGUUGUUGAAGGGGGCCUUGACGGAGAAGGGAGUCAUCACCACGCAGGCCGAGUCCAUCUGGUUGCACAUGGACAUCAUCUCCAAGUUGAAGCAGGACUGCAAGCAGAUUUUCCCUGUGGCUGAAUACGCAUACACGUCGAUCCCCACCUACCCUUCGGGCACCAUUGGGUUCAUGGUGUGCUCGAAAGACGGCAGUGCCGAGGUGAGGAAGCCAUUGCGCAAGUUUUCCGAGGACUUUGAGGCCGACAACUUGCGCUACUACAAUUCGAAGGUGCACGAGGCGUCGUUUGUGUUGCCCCAGUGGGCCGACAAGAUCUUGAAUAAGGACAACUGA